AGAUCUGACUUGCCUGGGUAUGAGCCUGAGGUUCUAGACUGGAACCCAAGUCUCCUGCCGUGCUGUUCCACUGUCUUGGGAGCCUGGGCAUGAAAAAGCAGAACGGAAGUGGAACAUAAGAACCCACUGAUGUCAUACAACAUGCAAUCACCAUUCCGAAUGGACCGAGGUAAAGCAUGAGUCAACAUCAGGGAGCUGCCUCAGGUACAAGCAGCUGCAGGAAUGGAGUUCCGGCAGAUAGAUACCAAGUUUAAGGCCCAGCAGUACCUGAACAGCAGCCAGCCAGCAAAAACUAAAGGCACACCUUUGCUCUACAAGCGGCAUCUACAAAAUAAACGGACCCCUCAGACCAGACAGCGCAGCACAUCUCCGCUUUUCCCAGACAUUCAUUCUGGAGUGCACAGUCGGGCAACUGAGAGCCGACUGCCACUGACUGUGAAUGUGGACAGCCCUGGGCCAGCGGCAUACCCGCCCCCCAGUGUCAACUGCAGGGAGACCACUGCUCCAUCCUACACCUUUGGAUGGAAGACACCUUCUAAAGAGGGCGGAGGGCGCCGUUCCUGGCAGAAAACCUGGUUCCAGAGCAAGAACCCUUUCACCAUGAAAGCCGAUUUUAACCGUGAGACAAAUUGGCCGUCUCCAUUCCACUAUGGCCCAUCCACAGACUCCAAACCAGCCAACAGGCCAAGCAAUCCUGGCUUUACCUUUGGACAGAAAGGGGUCUUCUCCCUUGCCAGCAAAGAUGCUGUAAACAAACCAGCACCCAACAAGUACAACACUGUGCACAGCUAUGAGCACGUGCUACAAAGAUCUCCAUCCUUCGUCAUCAGUCCUGCACCACAACACCCAUACAGAUGGGCAAGCAAAGAGGGCACACCAGGGCCUGGCACUUAUAAUGUAGAGCAUGGGCACACUGCCCGCUUACCCAGCUCACCAAGCUUCUUCAUCCAAGGUGUGAGGAGACCCAAGAAGCAUGAAACAGGGCCAUUUUCCACACUGUGACUCUGUGUGACGUGACUCUCCAAUAUAGCGUCAAAGGCAGCUCACGUAAUGAAUACAGCCUGGAAUUUAUUAAAAAUGGAGCACCUGCGCUUCUUUUUAGUCAGCUG